AUGCGGAGAAUCUGGGGUAUGCUAGUCUGGGUCGAUUGGUAUUCCAGGGUCCUUGGCUUCAAGCUGUUGGGCACGAUAGUCCACAUCAAGCGGUCCGAGAUGCCAGACGAUGGAAUAUUCAAGAUCUACCCCGAAAGUCUACAAGAAGUCAAGCUCGCCAAGAUGGUCACCGGAAAUGGCGUCGGAUUUGAGAUAUUCGAGUUCAUCAAUCCAAAGUUCGAAGAUGCAAACGUCUUCGAAUACCACAAGAGGGGCUUCUUCCACAUGUGCAUCACAGAUCCAAAUCCGGAAGAGCUGGCGGCCAAGUUUGUGGCUGAGGGAGGCAAACGAGUGGGGAGAACGACGGACCCGUCUGGGAAGGGCGAAAUUACCUGUCUUUACCUAGCGGAUCCUUGGGGCAACAUAGUCGAAGUCCUGGACGUCGGUUUCGAGUUCAUGGGGCUAAGGUCUGCAUUGUAG